CUAAUCGCAAAAUUUUAUCAGAUUCCAUUCAAAUCUAGAAGUGUAAAAAUUGUCUGUUUCAUUGCUUUCGAGGUAUUUUCGUAUUGAACGAUCGGAAUUCACCCCUGAAGUGCUGGUCUGAAUCUUCUAAAUACACAUCUUUCCGUCAAAAAGCAGUUCCAGCAAAAUCAUGUCUGGACAGCAAGAUCGAAACCAAUUGAAUGAUGACAUUGAUUAUCAACGGCAUGAUCCUGUAAAUAUCAUAUAUAAAAUUGGAAUCUAUGGUUGGAGAAAAAGAUGCUUGUAUCUGCUUGUUCUUAUUGUCACAGUCGUCACAAUAAUUAAUCUAUCUCUUACUAUCUGGAUCAUGCAUGUCAUGAAUUUUAACUUGGAUGGAAUGGGAAAGCUGAAAAUCACCAACAAAGGUGUUCUACUUCAAGGAAAUGCAGAGUUUGUGAAAUCACUUCAUGCAGAAUCCAUUGAAACAAUAAAGGGCAAGGAAUUGACUGUCCAGUCAACAGCAAAUGUGACAGUAAAUUCACGAAAUGAAAGUGGCGCGAUAGUAUCACAAUUUGUCGUUGGAAAGGGAGAAAUUGUUUCUAAACAAAAAGUUUUCAAAGUUCAUUCAAAUAAUGGAAAAGAACUUCUCUAUGCAGAUAAAGAUGAGAUUCGCUUUGGAUAUGACAUGAUAAAAUUUGCAAAUGAUGAAACAACUGCAAACUUUACUGGAGCCUUGCAAACUGAGGAUGUCCGUGCUCCUCCAUACAAACAUCUUGAACUUCACUCUCCAACCCGAUCUGUUUAUCUUCAAGCUCCAAAGCAUAUUAAUCUUAAUACGAAAGGUGGUGAUAUUUUUGUUCAAAGCAAGAGCUCAGCUUCAUUUGAAUCCAAAGAGUUCGUAUUUGACGGAAAGAUAAUCAAGUUCGUCGACUUACCUUUUGUCAGAGGAAGUAAAGCUAUAAAUAAUAGUAAUGCGAAGGAAGUUUGUAUUUGUGAAAAUGGUCGUUUGUUUGCGGCAGAUUCUAGUUUAAAAUGCGCAGCCACUGCUGGCAUUUGUAAUUAGGAUAGCUGUGACUUUUGCUGUUUCGAACAUUUCUAGUAAAUAAUUUUUAUGACAAAGAUGUGGUAUACCAGAACGAUGAAGAAUUUUAUUUGGCCUUUUGUAGCUAGUUAUAGUUUUAUGUAUAGUAAUUGCUUCCAAUUUGGUAUUAUGUAAACACGAUGAGCUCCGAAUUGAUAUAAGGAAAUUCGGAGACGAACAAUUAUCAUUUAAGUUCUUACGUAUUAGCUAUGUUUAUUUUAUCAUGAAGCUAACUUUUCUUCUUAGCUGUUGUUAUUAUUAGAAAGUAUAUAUGUAAUGUUAACUUAACUGUGCAAGUUGCUGAAUUUUGAGAAUACUUGUAUUAAAUGGUUCAGCAUUUUUAA